UUACAAUACAUCUAUCAUCCUUGUUAUCUGUUUUAAAUCGAUUUGCAGAACUUUUUAAUAUAAUUUUUACAAUAUCUAUUACCUUAGGAAGUUUGUUUUAUAAUAUACAAUGGGAAAGACCUCAAAAGAUAAAAGAGAUAUAUAUUAUCGUUUAGCGAAAGAAGAGGGAUGGCGUGCUAGAAGCGCAUUUAAAUUGCUACAGAUCGAUGAAAAAUUUCACAUAUUGAAAGAUGUAACACGAGCCGUUGACUUAUGUGCUGCGCCGGGCAGUUGGACCCAAGUACUUUCAAAACGUCUCUACGAGAAUCGCACUGACAACGAGGAGGUAAAAAUCAUAGCCGUGGAUUUACAAGCUAUGGCACCCUUGCCUGGUGUUACACAGAUCCAAGGCGAUAUAACUAAAUUAAGUACGGCGCAGGCCAUAAUUGAUCAUUUCGGCGGUGAAUCACAAAAGGCACAAUUAGUUAUAUGUGAUGGAGCACCUGAUGUUACCGGUCUUCACGAUAUCGACGAAUACAUCCAGAGUCAGUUGCUAUUAGCUGCACUUAGUAUUACCACACACGUGUUGAUGACAGGUGGAAAUUUCAUUGCCAAGAUUUUUCGCGGUAAAGACACAAAUUUGCUAUAUUCCCAACUACGUAUUUUCUUUGAGAAAGUAUCCAUAGCCAAACCAGCUAGCUCAAGAAAUUCUAGUAUUGAAGCGUUUGUAGUGUGUCAAAAUUAUCGUUGCCCAGACGGUUAUAUUCCACAAAUGAUAAACCCAAUGGUUGAUAACGUACAAGUAAUAGUAGAUGAAACAAACUCGAGUGUAAAUCACAAACUUAUUCCGUUUGUUGUGUGCGGCGAUAUGCGUGGAUUCGAUUCAGAUAUGUCGUACAGUUUAAAUCUCAACGAAGACUCGGAAUACACAUAUAAGGAGGUAGUACAAAAACCUAUUUCUCCAGCUUACAAGGAAAUUUUAGAAAAACUUAAAAAUUGUUCGAUCAAACAUUCAGCCAUAACUGUUAAACAUGAAGAUGAAGAGAAAUAAAGCUAUGAAUGUUUCAUUCUAAAAA